CCAACCCCAUCUCACCCGUACAUUAUUGCCGUGAACCAUCUCUCAUACCCUCUUACAUUCUUCCUCAUAAUACCUCACCACAAAUCAUGGAGAUAAGCUAGCAAUUCCCGGAAUUAUCAUGUCAUCUCAACGCAUCUUCAUAGCCUCGACUUUACGAGGGUCACCGACGCCCAUUCUCCUCACCACGGGACGAACAGGGAGAAGGGGUGUCUUCUGUCUCGCUCCAUCCAAGACGCUCAUCUCACGGUCCUCAGCCAACCAUGGUCUCCGUUCUCAAUGGCAAACUAUAGCCGGCUCGGUGUGUAAACCAGGCACCCAGCAGCAGCGCUCAUCCCUAUCCACUUCGACGACGACCAGACGCACUUCUCCCAACGCCAAAAAGAAGACUUCCAACGCCAAUACCAACACUCCACCACGUAGACGGUCUUACCGACCAUUGACGCUCUUCUUUAUUUUCACAUUCGCAAGCGCAUCGGUCUUCUACUAUCUCGCCUCUACACCAUCUCCACCCCGAAACCAAAUCCUCUCCAGAGACGUCUUCACCCCAUUCGAGCUCGUAUCCCGCGACCAGGUCUCUCCCACCUCCUUCGUCCUGACUCUCCGCCCCUCCCCCUCCGAUUUCCCGUCUCUCACCUCCUCCGACAUCGCGUCCCAGCUCGCAGAUCCGUGGCGCACUUUCGACCUCUGGUCCGUCGAAGUGAAGCAGCCCCAACUCCAAAUUGCGCGGGAAUACACCCCGCUUCCCCCCUUAUCGUCUGCUCCCGACCACGCAGCGGUUGUACGUCUGCUUGUUCGUGCGGUAGACGGAGGAGAGGUCUCUACCUAUCUGAGCCGCUUACCGGUCGGGAGCCGCGUAGAGCUGCGUGGACCUCACGGCGGGUUCGAUCUGCACUCGCGUCUCGGCCUCUACGGCAAAGAGGAAAUAGACGGCGUGUCAGCUGCCGGAGGGGAAGAGCCGCAGCGCGAGCAGGGAGGAAAGCAAGUCGUCUUCCUCGCCGGCGGGACCGGCAUCGCGACGGCCCUGCAAGCCGCCCAUUCUGUCCUCGAAGACGACGACGACGACGACGACGACGACGCGAAGCCGAACGUCAAGAUCCUGUGGGCCAUGCGGUCCAGAUCCGACAUGCAGGAUCUCUCCGCCUCGACCGGGGGGAAAUCGAGCUCUGGAUCACGCCCCUGGUGGAGGAGUUUUCUAUCAGGCAGUUUCGCGAGCGACGACGAAGCGGAAGAAAUCAGGGGCCCGGACUUCGCCGCCCCGACGAGCAUCACCGCCCAGCUCCUUUCCAUGAAGGCGCGCCACGGGGAUAGGGUACGCGUGCAUUCCGUCGUGGAUGACGAGGGCACCGCCAUCACCCCGAAGGACUUGCUGGGAGCUCUGCGCCACGGCAGCGGCGCCUCAAAGGGAACCGCCCCGGCCCCCGCCCCCGCCGCUGCAGUAUCGCUGUCGAAGACGUCGACGUCGACGUCGACGCCGCCGCCGCCGUGCGAGUUCCAUUCCCAGCCUCUGCAGGCGAACAUGCCAGAUGGCGCCCCCAACCAGGGCCGAAAGGACCUCGCCUCCCGCGAGGCCUGCCGCUGUCCUCCCGAGGACGCGCCGGGGAAGAACCUGCUGCUUGUGUCGGGCCCGGACGGCUUCAUCGCCGCCUACGUGGGGCCCAGGCCGUGGGAGGGCGGCGCCCAGGUUCAGGGCACUGUGGGCGGUGUCCUGGGGGAAUUGGAGAGGAGGGAUCCGGGCCUGCUGAAGGAUUGGAUCGUUCUUAAGAUGUGAGAAGAAGCGAUUCGCCUUGCCCUCUCAUUCCCCCCUCCCUCUUCGACUACCACUGCCACUGCCACGACCACACCUACCGCUACCAUUACCAUGACAACGACGACGACCACAUUCAACAUAUGUCAUAUACCCCAGCAUUGAAUAUAGAAAAGCCUACAAUGGCGCUUCUUGCAUGUAAAUAGGGGUGGAUAUCCAUUCAGGAGUCUCUCACCUUGGAUUCCGGGAGACGUAGCAAAAUACAAUCCCAAAUGCCAAUGAUU